CUGCAGCACUCAGACAGCUCUUGAGUUGGGGAAGGAAUUAAGGAGGCUGUGCCUCCGGGUUGCGCGGAGAGUCCGAGUCAUUUCUCAGAAACCUGGGAUAGGUGGGCCUUAGAGGAGACACCGCCCGAGCACCGCCAGGAUAAGGAAUUGCACCCUUGUCCGUCUGCUUGGGAGAGACAGAACUUGGCACUUCUCUGCGUGGAGGUGCGGGAGAAGCGGUCAGCCAGCCAGAAGAGCUUUGAAGUCCUCCGAUGGUUGGUGGGAGGAGGUGAACACCGCCAGGGAAGAUGGUCUCCGGUUUGGGCCCCGCGUAGCAGCAGCUCCCAGGCCAGGCCCAGGGAUGUGCCUUUAGAGCACACCAUGGACCGAGCCCACAGCGCAGCCCUGCAGCUGCACCAGCUGCCGCCCACCAGCAGCGCCAACCCGCUCAGCGAGCUUUCCUUCUCCUACAAGGAAAACCUGAUCGGCGCCCUUUUGGCAAUUUUUGGGCACCUUGUGGUCAGCAUUGCGCUUAACCUACAGAAGUACUGCCACAUCUGCCUGGCAGGAUCCAAGGACCCCCGGGCCUAUUUCAAGACCAAAACGUGGUGGCUGGGCCUGUUCCUGAUGCUGCUGGGUGAGCUGGGCGUGUUUGCCUCCUACGCCUUCGCUCCGCUGUCGCUGAUCGUGCCCCUUGGCGCAGUCUCCGUGAUAGCUAGCGCCAUCAUAGGAAUCAUAUUCAUCAAAGAAAAAUGGAAACCUAAAGACUUUCUGAGGCGCUACGUCUUGUCCUUCGUUGGCUGCGGUCUGGCCAUCGUGGGCACCUACUUGCUGGUGACAUUCGCACCUAACAGUCACGAGAAAAUGACGGGCGAGAACAUCACCAGGCACCUCGUGAGCUGGCCUUUCCUCUUGUACAUGGUAAGGGAAGCACUGCUCUGCCUCCUUCUCUACAGGAAGAAACAGGAAAAUGAAAACAGCUCGCCUGUCGGUAUUUUGCUUCCCUCUCUUCUUGGACAGAGCUCCAUGACGGUGGUAACUGUGAAGGCCGUGGCUGGGAUGCUCGUCUUGUCCAUACAGGGGAACCUGCAGCUCGACUACCCCAUCUUCUACGUGAUGUUCGUGUGCAUGGUGGCCACCGCUGUCUACCAGGCCGCGUUUCUAAGUCAAGCCUCACAGAUGUACGACUCCUCUUUGAUCGCCAGCGUGGGCUACAUUCUGUCCACUACUAUUGCCGUCACAGCAGGUGCAGUGUUUUACCUGGACUUCAUUGGGGAGGACGCGCUGCACAUCUGCAUGUUUGCACUGGGGUGCCUCAUUGCAUUCUUGGGUGUCUUCUUAAUCACACGUAACCGGAAGAAGGCCAUUCCAUUUGAGCCCUAUAUUUCUAUGGAUGCCAUGCCAGGUAUGCAAAACAUGCAUGACAAAGGAAUGACGGUUCAGCCUGACCUCAAAGCUUCUUUUUCCUAUGGGGCCCUGGAAAACAACGACAACGUUUCUGAGAUCUACACUCCUGCCACACUGCCAGUCAUGCAAGAGGAACACAGCUCCGGGGGUGCCUCUGGGGUUCCCUACCGAGUCCUGGAACACACCAAGAAGGAAUGAGCCCACCUUGAAGGAGACUCUCCUUCCCUCCAUUUAUAACUCUCAAGCCGAGCCGACAGUGGUUCAACCCUGAAUUCUAAAGUUUGCCUUUCAAGUCUUAUUUUUCUAAACAGAGAACUCUCUAGAAGGGGAUCUCGAAGA